GUGCCGCCAUGGGCAGCGCUGAGGGGACAGAUUGGGUUGAUCUUGCCAAUGAUCUUUUAAGGACCUGUCACAUAAACCAGCACAUACAGCAUCUCUCAGAAUGCGGUGCUGAUGUGUUUGUUCAUCUUUAUGAGUCAAUCUUAGGAGAAAAAGUACCAGAUUUCAUUGCUACUCCCAGAAGCCAAGAGGAUGAUGCACAUAAUGUACAAGCAGUUAUAGAUUCCCUGGCAUUGGAUUAUUUGCAGGUCAGCUUGUCUCACAUCACUGGCGAGAACAUUGUGAAAGGAGACAGGGAGUCUAUCAAAAACCUCCUUGAAAUAUUUGAUGGUUUGUUAGAGUAUCUUAGAGAAGUCAGCGAAGCAUCUUCUCAGACUGGAGCUGAGAUAAAUGUGUUGUCCAGUGAUGAAAUUCAAAUUGCAUCUCAAGAGCAGCUGGAAAGCACUGCUGAUCAACUUGCACAACAUACACUACUAUCAUCAGUUGAAAAGUCCCAGUCAGAAUAUUUUAUUCUAACUUGUGAUACAGAUGGCUCAGAAUCUACCAGUGAAUUAAUUAAACUUGGAGAUACUGCUUAUUCAUUUUCCAAGAGAGGGGAAGGAGAAAAGGACAUGGGGGUAGAAGAAUCUGAAAGCCCAGAGGCUCUUGCAGCACUGCCCAGACAGUUCUCAGAAAGUGAAAGGGGGAUUGUAAAGGAAAGGGAAGAUGGAGGGGUGGAGUCUGUGCAAGCUGCUGAACCUCACAAAGGGAGUCUGAGUGCCAGUGCUACAAAACUGGGGGACCCUAUCCAGCAGGCAAUUCCUCUGCUGCCCCCGUUCCAGCCCUCAGAUCCAGGAUGGAGAGAUUACCACUGCUCAGACAGACAGGCAGCAGCUCUGGCUUGCAGUCAAGCAGUGAACAUUCCUACUAUUGAAAAGUCACUUACCCAAAAAUUUGAUGAUAUUUCUGAUGGUCUUCCUCUUUCAAGAAAGAUCCCUGUAGCCACAGUGCCAUUAACUCACACUUACCUGUCAUCUGCUUCUGCACUGGGAGAAAUGCUGGGAGAUGAUGCUAAGGACAAUUUGACAAAGGUGCCUUUGGUAUAUGAAUCUUCUAUAUCCACCUCCUCUUUUGAGGAAAAUCUCUCAGUAUGUGCUGAACAAGUAACACAAACCCCAAGACCUGAAUCUCAGCAUCAGCCUAGAACAACAAGCAAAUAUGAAAAUUCCACCACAGAUUCAGUUGAAGAUUCACUUUCCCACAGAACAACAAAGGAGAAGGCGUCUGAGCAAGAGUUUCGUGAAGCAUCAGAAAAUCUGUCUCGCAGGCUAAAUGAACUAGAUUUAAUGUUGAAGAGAGCUUUGGGUGAGCACACAAGAGAAGAGGAGCUGACAGAUGAGGACAGCCUGUCCCAGCACAGUGACAGUGUCAUGGACUAUGGCCGAAGGACAGCUGAGAGAGACACAUCACGUCCAAGGUACCCAGGCAGGCCACGAUCCCUCUCUCCAGCCUCACCCUCAUCUCAGCACCUGGAAAGUAAACUGCGUGGUAGUGGAACAGGCCAGAUAAAGACAAUACGCAGCCACCUGCAGGAAGAAAGGGAUGAAAGAACAAGAAGAGCAAAGCUGGUCACUAAAGCUUAUGAAAAUGAGUUAAGAAUUUUUGAAGCGAGGGAGAAGCAUAGACUUUCCAAGCUCAGAGAAGCUGCCAAGGAAGUGGAACAAAAGUACAAAGAAAAUGUCUUUCAAGAACCUCCAAAAGUGUCUCAGCCAGUGAAAGUUUAUUCUAGAAAAACCACACCUCAGUAUCCCAAAUACAGCCUGUGGAUUCCAAAACGAGGGAUCAUGAAGCCAAAGCAAGCAGCUUCAAUGACAAUAAGAGACAAUAACCUCCUCUUGCAGCUCCUGGAGGAGUUUCCCCACCUACACAUUUCCCCCUGUACUCUGAAUAAAAUGUGGCAGCAGCAGCUUGCACAGACUGUGCACCUGAAGGCACCUUCUGCCAGACCUAGACCAAAACUCCAGAAUGAAGUUGAACAAGCCUUGAAGAAACAUGAACUGCUUGCUGCAAUUAUUAAGAAAGAUCAAGAUCACAGCAAGAGACUGCAAGAAAUCAAGCAGCGCAUCUACCGCCAGAAAUGGGCACAGAACAAGGUGACAGAGAAGCGGCAGCAGGUGGCCCGGGCCAGGAAAUACUACGAGGAUUACAGGGUCCAGCUCCGGGCCAAGCUGCUGCGGGCGAGGACACGGGAGGAGAAGAUAUUUAAGAACUUAUUUGAAGAAGGCUUAGAAAUUCAGAAGCAAAGACUGAGGGACCUGAGAGUUUAUGCUCAAGAGAAGCGUGAUGAGCAACGAAGAGAACACCAGAUUGAGCUGGAGUCUCUGGAGAACUACUACAAAGAUCAGUUUUCCAUGCUAGCAGAAGCUAUAUCUCAAGAAUUUCAAGAAAUCCAAACCAGAGAGAAAGCACAAGCACAAAUGCUACAGAAAAGAAGAAGAGAACUGAGAUCAAAGAUGGAAAAGGAAAUACAACAACUGCAAGCAGCAAUCAUGUACAAUGAUGAUGACACCUUUUUUCAAGAGCUAGAAGCAGACAGACUGAGAUCCAGGCUUCAGAUGGCUUCUUUCCAGUACAGCCAAAGCCACUUCUUCUAAGACUUGGGUAAAUGUCACUGUAGUCCUCCCUGGCUAAGAUGAUCAGAGUCUGAGAGUUGCUAUAAUGGGAAGAUGGUGUGAGGCUGGUUUUCUCUCUAUAAUCUCUGUUCUGUCAUUUUGACCUGUCAGGGGUGUAGCUGCUGGGCUUUGGGAUCUCCACGGCCAUUUUAUG